GGAGGGAGAUAAAACAAACUUUACAGUAAAGGAAUUUCCUGGGAUAUUUUGAAGCAGCGUCAGAGAACAGCCCAAGCCCGAGGCAGUCACAGGGGGGCGGGGAGAUCCGCGUGGCUCCUCCCCUCUCAGGCCGCCGUCGUCUACAGCAUAGAGUCUGCCGGACCGGACCAACUCGGCACCGCCAGCCACUGCAGCCGGCUGCCCUCUCUCGAGCGGCCAGGAGCCUCCCGCAGGACGACAUGGCCUCCGACGGCAUGGACGAGCGCUCCCCGCUGCUGUCGGGCCCCAAUUCGGAGAAUGUGACCCCCAACGCUUCCCCGUACCUGCAGGAUUCCAGCCCCCGAGCUGAGCUACCUCCUCCCUACACGGCCAUCGCCAGCCCCGACGCCAGCGGCGUGCCCGUCAUCAACUGCCGUGUAUGCCAGUCGCUCAUCAACCUGGAUGGAAAGCUGCAUCAGCACGUGGUCAAGUGCACAGUCUGCAACGAAGCCACGCCCAUCAAGAACCCCCCAACAGGGAAGAAGUACGUGAGGUGUCCCUGCAACUGCCUGCUCAUCUGCAAGGACACAUCCAGGAGGAUAGGAUGCCCUCGACCAAACUGCAGACGCAUCAUCAACCUGAGCCCGGUGAUGGUGAUCCCAGAGGAGCAGCCGGCGCAGCCAGCACUGCCCAUCCAACCUGAGGGGAUGCGAGUCGUCUGCGGUCACUGCGGCAACACCUUCCUGUGGAUGGAGCUUCGAUUUAACACUCUGGCCAAGUGUCCACACUGCAAAAAAAUAUCGUCUGUUGGCAGUGCGCUCCCCAGGAGGCGCUGUUGCGCUUACAUUACUAUAGGAAUGAUCUGCAUUUUCAUUGGAGUGGGUUUAACAGUCGGAACUCGAGGUUUUGCCCGCCGUUACAACGCCACCUACGUGUCCUGGGCAUUCGCCUACCUGCUGGGCCUCAUCUGUCUGAUACGAGCCUGCUACUGGGGAGCCAUCAAAGUCAGCUACCCGGAGAACAGCUUCGCCUAGAGAAUGUGUCAGCAAAGACGUGCACGGCUCCAACUACAAACCCCCUUUUUAGUUUCCUCUUCAGACUUCAGAGACGUUCAGCACGUCUGAACUCCAGUGUUGGGUAUUGUUUGCAGAAGUGUAUGCUGGGGGAUUUCUUCUGUCGUGCUCAUGUCUGGAUUUUUUCUGAUUCACUGUGCUCCACCUGAAGGUCAAUCCAGAGCUGGUCCGCAAAGAUUUUCCCAGGUUUUACCAAAAUCCUUCAUUGACAACGAAAACAAUUUUUUUGAUAAAUGACAAAUUUUGAUCUGGCUGUUUUUAUUGAGUUUGUUGAACGAUAUGGUUUUGUUAAGGAUUUUUCUUUUUUUUGGACCAGUUUUUAACUGCCUGCGUGGCCUCUUUCUUUCUCUUGUUACUGACCAGAACAAAAUGAAACCACCUCCUGAGAACUUUGCCCAUUGCACUAUGAUUUAUGCAAUUUUGAGUGAGGUUUUGCUGCUAGUUGAUCUGGAGUUGCAGUAAAAUACACAUUCAUGCUGCACUGCAACUGUUCUCCUUGUGCUCUGACAUAGUAAUGUUUGAUUUUUUAUGCUCCAAAUGAUCAACUUUUAAAGGUAAUCGUCUUUAUGUACUCAUGCGUGCCAAUUAUGUUGCCUACUGUUAGGCUAAAAAACAAAUGUUAGCUCCUCCGGUGGUUAAUUUUUUUGUAUCUCUGCAUCUUUAAGGAGCAAUAGCCCUGCUGGGUCAUUUUUCUUAGCCUAAAUUGCUGCAAUCCUUACGAUUAUUUCCAAACUCAGAACCAGAGUAACUCACAACUGCAUGUGGACUCCUUCAUGUCAUUGAGGUGACGUUAUGUUCCGUUUCAGAGGCCGCCGAGAUCCUUCUUCCUGUGGGUUAGAAUGUAAACCUCCUCCCUUUGCUUUAAUUGCUGCUUUCCAACCUCCUGAGAACUCCCUCCGUGCUAGCAUCUCUAUAUAAAAAAAACUCAAAAGUCUCUUUAUCUUGACCGAUGGGCACAGUUCAAACGUCUAACCCUGUUUUGAAUGUGAUUAUGACAAUAAACCAGAAAAAAAAUCUUAAAAAAAAGAAGUAGUGGGAAAUAGAAGGAACAAAAUGGUUUGUGUGUCUUUUUAAAAAUGAUAAUUUAUCAAUAAAAUGUAAAAACUGCUAA